CUAGUUGCCGUGUGCCAGUGACUGCUCAGUAUUGAAGGAAGAUGGAGAAAUUAUACGACAAUGUAAAAACUGCUAUACUUACAUUUAAAUUGGACACAUGUUGCUGUUUCGCGCCAAUAAGAACUGGAGUCUUGAUAACUGGAUAUUUUAACAUAUUUAUUUCGAUGUUGUCGCUAGUGGGCACCGCGGACGGGGGCAUCACCCCGCCGUUGAUGGCCGUGCAGGAGGUGAUCCUGGAUGACGAGGGCUCCAAGGUGAUCGGUACGCUAGCUUACGGCACAGAGCUCGCCUUCAACAUGCUACUAUUGUGUGCUAUGUACCGGAAAGACAUAGUUUUACUGCGGACUUAUAUGUACUUUGGCAUGGCGGCGGUUGUCGCCUCUGUGCUCGUAUACUCUAUGGUAAUCGCCGCCAUUACACUUCUUACGAAGAUAAAUGUUAUUGUCAAUUUCGUAUUCCAGUGUUACGUCAUACUUCUAGUAAGAAGUGCAAUAGUUGACAUCAAAGAGGAACUCGACGAACAGAAGAACGGUCACAUCACUUUAUACUCUGUGACAAAGGUGACACCAGAGACAACUGUCAUAAAAGACAUUGAAACUCCUCCAGAAACUGAGUGUGACGUUACAGAAGACGAGAAGAAAGAAGAGAAGAUUAAGCUAGAAACAGUCAAUGAGAAUUCGAAAGAAGAACAAUAACAUAUAUAAAAUAAAUCAUUGUUUAAUCUUUUAUAAUUUAUUCCCUACAUUAGGAGAAAUUGUAGUCUGAGACUCGUUGCCAAUGAAAAGGGCUAAUUUUCUUUUUCCUAACCAAUUUUUGACAUCAAAUCAUUUCCAUGA